AUCUAUUGAAAAGAAAGAUGAUGCUACACAAUAAGCUGAUGAAUUGAUGAUGCAUGAGGUGGUAUAUCUUAACGAGAAUAAGGUGAAACCAAGUUGCUUUGAAGCCGAUCUAGACACAAAAAAUGUAUGGUACCUUGAUAAUGGUGCAAGUAACCAUAUGAGUGGGAAUAAGUCUUUGAGACUCGGGAAGUAGCAUUUGAGAGGAAGAUGAAUCUACUCGAUGAGAAGCUCGCAGACUUGUUGAUUCGCAUUGCUGGAUGCGAAGAGAAACAAGAAGAAAGUCCCAAAGCCUGAGCCCGUUAUGAAGCUAAGGUGAAAAAGGAAGUUGAGAUCCUAGGCAGAAAAGGAAACCUCUUCCGUUUCCUCCCCCGAAAAGGAAACCCCGAUGUCUUUAAAACAAGUAAGACUCCUAACCUUACUUCACCACCUCUCGCCCAAAAAGAAGAAACUUCAGAGGAAGAAUUUGAAAGAGAAUUCACGGAGAGUUUCAACGAAGAAGAGCCGCAAAACCCUAUGGAGGAGCCAAACCCUAUUAGGGAGUGCAACGCCGUGAUUCCUCUUGAUGCGAGACCCUUACGAGUGUUUGAACAAGGAGAGAUUCACGAUUAAGAGUUGGAUUACUUUGAUGAGGUUGUAGAUGAUGAAGGAUACAACUCAUAUGACUCGGAAGGAGAACCGUCGGUCAAUUCAACAAUCACGGAGGAAGAAUGUGAAGUAGAAGCUGCGGAGAUAGAAGAGAUGACCCAUACCACGCACGAGAAUGGCAUGAGAUGCACUUUCCAUGACUUGGUUAGAGCGAUACCACUCACGGAUUCGUUCGAGGCAGCUUGGGAGAAGUUUCCCGUCAAACGAUUCUACAUGGAGAGUUACAUCUCUAAAGAUCGUGUUCAAGAAACGUUUGAGAAGGCAAGGCGUUCCAUCUUCCAGAAAAGGAGCGAUUACAUGGAGGAACCCCCCGACGAGUUCCAAUCCAAGAGAGUUUGUCUAGGGACAAACAAUCCUUCUCACUACGCUUAGUGAACUACCAAACGUCGAGCCAACGACGCUAAACAAGUGCGCUGAGUUGGAGCCAACCCACUUGGUAAAUACUUUUCCUUAGGAUAUAAUUGCUUUUACUAUUGAUAGUUUUAGUUUUUGUUUCAGGAAUUUCAUAAAAACAGAAAAGAAAAUAGAAAAGAAGAAAACAGAAAAGCCAAAAAGAAGAAGGAGGAAAAAGGUCCCUGGACCGGCCACACCACCCCGUGACCGGUGCCAGCAGGAGGCUCCGGACCGGCCCCACCUACCCGUGACCGGUCCCCACUGAAGCCUUUGGACCGGCCACACCUACUCGUGACCGGUCCAACCCACGCUCUGUUCGAUGAUUAUUUCGCGACCUUCCAAAGCACGGUGGCAAGUUGAAUCACAAGACCGGCAUCCUUAAAGAUGUUCGAAGCAUGCCGAAGGCGAUGGAUUGAUCAAGCUGCCA